GCUUAUUUCUCGGCCUGUUUCUGAAACAAAUCCUUCACUUGCACCUAGACCGACUUGUCAAACAGUUCUUCUACCAAAAACUAAGAUGAAGGUAGCUUUGAUUUUCCUGUCGGUGAUGGUGGCCAUCACCCAUCAACAAUUUCAGCGUCAACGGCUUUGGCGGAAUUAUUACCCGUCAUAUCCUUCCGUCAAUAAGUACCAACGAAUUUACCAAAAUCUUCUGGACGACAUCCAGCCGGAAUACUACCAAUUCCGACCUACCAGACCCAUCACCUACUCAAAGGAUGACGAAUUUAACCCGGAUUCGGUGCCAGCGGAAUAUCAAGAUUACAGUGAGGAAGACGAGUAUCCGGAUGUCCAUUCAAGGGUCAAAGUAUACAACCCACGACUUCCCUUCUUUCCUAAAAGACAACAACAAGAUCAGCAGCAGCAGCGAUUUUUGAUCAGUUACGUCAACAAUCUCAUGACGAAAACUCUCACCCUGACGUCAUCUUUGACUCUCACCUCCAUCCAGUCUUGCAUUGCCGCAGCUAAAUUUGUAGAUGCGGCUGCGAAGAAAACGCAGUGUCGCCGGAAGAGAGCUCUCCUGGAUUCCAAUAAUGCGGAAGACACGCAGUUCGCCAUUGUCCCAACAGAAACACAAAAAGUGAUGCCAACGGAUCUUCCGUCGCUGGAUGUGAUCCGAGAAAGUCGUCGGGCCGACCAAUCGCUUCAUGAGGACAUCAUCACGUCGUCUAAAGACGUCAGAGAUAUUUCAGAACCAGCGUCGUGGAUGAGAAACUUGCCAGUGCAGCCUCGAUUUAUUAAUUCAUUCGCAUCUACAACAGUUACCACUUACUCAUUCAAAACGGAAACUGUCACUAAAACAGUCGUCAUCGGUGCCGAUGCUCAGAUUCUCUGUCUCCCAACCGGCUGGAUUAUUUGCUAAAUUCCAUUAUUGGAUAUGAUAAACCUAUUAUGUUUUUACUUUAAACCUUUUUGUCUCCAACUUUUAAUUUCUGUGGUAUUUUU